CGCCUUAUCCAUAUUAUCACCCUUCUCGUCCCCCGUCAUCACACAUUCCAGCUUUUUCACAAACUGCAUAUCACCGCCUCGCACCACCCGCACGUCUACACCCCCUCCCACGGAUCGACUCCGGGGUCGAUAUCACUGCACCCCAUCACUACAGUAACAAUGUGCUGGGUCACUCUCACCCCGUCCAGAGGCAAAAAGAAAGGCUACCAGCCUACCUCGGAUUCCUCUUGUGUGGAGGACAUCGUUCGCAUACAUCGUAACCCGGCGUCUCCACGCUUAACCAACGUGCGUAUCAAGGCACCCAGUGUGGACGUCGAGGUAGACGAGAAACUCACUCAAGCACAUGUCUAUCCUCACUUGCAGCAUCACCACCGACACCCGCAUCUCCAUCCACUACACAUGCACCCUAUACACGGCGAGCACCAUCUCGGCGUUAGCCUAGGUCUAGGCCACCAGCACUACCGUGGCAGCCUCGACAUGUCUGAGGCCUGGGACCCUAAGCUACGAGGUCAAGGGCGAAAACGAUCAAUCCCAUCGCCAUGUCCGCCUCCACCAAAACCAGAACCAGCACCAGCACACCCUCCACCACCCUCUUGCUCCUCUUCCUCCUCUCCCCCUCCUUCAACAGCCCCAGCAGACACCUCCCCCCUCAUCCCCCCCAGCAUCCCCCGCGACCCAAUCUACCACACACAAAUCAUCCAACCCACCUCCCCCCGCGCCCGCGCCCGCGGUCCCGGCCCCAGCACCGUCCGCGAAACAACCCGCAUAGCCCUGCGCACCAGCACCGCCACCAGCAACCAGCCGCAGCAGCGACGCCCCCGAAAUAAUCUCCGCAGAGUAGCAGGCUACCAGGUGCUAGGCCGCCAGGUGCCUUGGGACUGGGAUUGUGUCAGUAGCACCGCCAGCAACAGCAGUAAUGCGGGAGGCGGGACCAAAGGCAAGUGGGUAAGGCGGAAGAGUGGAGGUGCGGGACUCGUGUAUCCGCCGUUUGGGGAUGCGGAGAAGUGGAUGUGAGAUUAUCAGCACAUUGAAAGGAAAAGAGGGGAAGGAAAAUGCCAUUAAAAGAGGCGCAUUUCAUGUCUAGGGCUAUUUUUACUAGGCUGAAGCUAGUAAAAGUAGGGUUCUGGGUUCUAGGGUUUU